ACAGACCCGGAGGGCCUCGGCCGGCGCCGCCGAGGCGGCGGGGUGGGCAGGGGCGGCGCUGGGAGACGGGCGGAGUCGGUUUCAAAAUACUGGAAAUAACCAUGCCUGAAAACAAGACAAUUUCCUGUUCUUUCAUUGGAGGUGAUCAAGCCAAGAAAAACAAUGCCACAUCACAAGCUUUGGUUCUAUUUGGUGCCCCUAAGGAAGCCAUUGAGAUUUUUCAUGAAAAUAAAAUGACAAAUACUGAAGGGGUGAAUGAAGGCAUUUACUUUAGUUACCCAUGUCGACGUCAAAGCUGUGCUUUAGUAAACAUCCCAGCACCAUGUGUCAACAAAAUGAUUUCACACAUUGAAAAUGUGGAAUCUAAAAUACAAGAGCAUUUGAAACGGUUUGAAACUUCUCUUGAAGAAUGGUUCCCCAGGUCAGUAGUGGCCAUGAAGAGAGCAGCCUGUACUUGUGGUGUAGAUUGCGAGUGUCAGAGCAAACAAUAUGGACCUUAUUCUCAAAGAAUUGUGUUUCAGCGUUUUGACCUGUCUGAUGACUCCUUGAAGAACCAGCACAAAGACUUGUCUUUGUUUUGCCUGACUUGGAGCAAUCACUCAGCUGGAACCGCUUACAGGCAGUCUUUACUGGAAGCAUUUAAAGGCAUAUACUCACAACCACUGUCUGAGGCUGUGAAUAAUAGUGGGAACACUGCCUGGGGAAGAAGAGAACAUGAGGCCUAUUUGAGAGAUAUUGUAGAAUUACAAUGGCAUCUUGAAGAUAGAGCUUAUCAGCUAAAACAUUUUGAGGAACAAAAGGUGAAAUUGGAGGAAGCUAAUGCAAAGCUUCAAGCAGACACAGACUACAUGAAUGCACGCGGUCCUCUAAUUAACUCAAAGCAGAACCAAGAACUUGAAACUCUGAAAGAAUUUUAUAUAAAAAAAUUUGAGGUAAUGGAAUUAUACAAACAAGUUCAGGAAGAACUUGCAGAAGCUAUAGAAAACUAUAAGAAUGCCAAAUUGAAGGCUAAACAAAUGAAACAAGACAUGGAAAAAGAUAUUCAUAAUGAUGAAGCAAGCCUAGAAGCCUACAAGAGAGAGAUAGAUAAACUGAAUUCUCUGCAUAGUCACUACGAUACAACAAUAGAAAAUGUUAAUGUUAGUAUCAAGGAGAAUGAAGAGGUAGUGACUGAAGUAUUGAGGAAAACAAAGACAUCAAGAAAUGAAUUAUCUGCUUUAUCAAAAAUGCUAGACAAUUUGAAAAAAAAUUAUGAUCAACUAGCCUGGAAGAGAAAAAGUUAUGAAAAGGAAUAUCUGGAAGCAUUCAAUAAUUAUUAUGCAACAAAACAAACAUGGGAUAUUGAGCUUUCUAAUGUUGCAAAAGACCUUUCAGAUAUUUCAAUUGCAUAUACUCAUUUGGCAGAAGAAAACAGAAAGCUUGGAAUUGAUAUUGAAACCAUGGCAGGUCUUAUCAAUGACAGUAUAAGAAAAAAAUCAGAGUUUGAGUCUGAAAUCCAAUCUUUGAUGAAACUAAGGGGAAAAAAUGAUGAAUUUAUUAAGCAACUCUACAGGCAAGCUUAUCACCUUGGUGCUAUUUUCCACCUAACCAAAUUUAAAACAGAGGAAUUAGAGGACAAAAUAGCAGAAGUGAGAAGAAAAUUCAAGGGUAGAGAAGAAUUCUUGAAAAGACUUAUUCGAAGUGAAGUGACUAAUGGAAUGAUGAUUCAGAAAAAAUUGUAUUCCAUUCAAGAAGAACAGAUCCUUGAGAGACAGGAUCUUAUGGAAAAGGAAGCAAUGUACACCCUAGCACUGGCGGAACUAGAGACGCCGCUGCUUGAACUAGAAGAAGAUGCCGCAAAAAUCAGAACUGCCCACAAAGAGCAUGCUGACACAUUAAAUGAUAUAAUUGAGAAAAUAGAAAAUGUUAAAAAAAACGUGGAAAGAACAAAGAAAAAUUUGAGAAAAAAAGGGAAGAAAACUCGUGAUGCAAUAAUAGAAACUGAGGAAAAACGCUCAAUGAUUUUUAAAGAAAUAAAGACCACUAAAAGUAAAACAGUUAUUUAUCAUGCAAAAAUAGAUCAAUUGAAUAAGGACUUAAAAGAAAAAGAGAAGGAAAAGAAUAUUUUGGCUCAGACACUUGAGCAAUUAAAGAACCACUAUAUAACUACAAAAUAUAAAAAGGAAUAUGCACAAGCUGUGUUUGAUCAGCUCGUAAGUGAGAAAAAAACCUGUGAAGAGAGACUCUAUGAAGAAGAACAGAGAUACAGAACACUCAUUACCAUGAGGCAAAAAACUCUGGCAGAUAUUAAAAAAAUACAAGAUGAUUCACUCGAAGAAAAUUUGCGUUUAGCUCAAGAAUAUCAGGAAUUACAGACUACUUUCUUAACAGAAAAGGACAAUUAUUUCAAUCUAUAUGAUAGACAGUUAUCACUUGAUGCUUCAAUUCAAGCUAAGAAACAGCUCUGUCAGCUGCAAAGAAGGAUACACAAGGUGUGGCAGAAUCACUUCAAACUGGUGGUCCUCUGCGGCCAGAUGAGGCUGGCCAAGUUCCAGACAGACUCUCAAGAGAGUAUUCAGAAAAUAUUAGCUGUGCAGGAGGAAUCUUCAAAUUUAAUGCAACACAUCUUAGAUUUCUUCCAGACUUUGACAGAUGACUCGUGUGAAAACGAUGGUUAAGCAAACAACCAAUGUAUCUUGGAUGCUGAAAUAAAAGACAAGAAAAGUCACACAGUUCAGAUAACAGUGUAAUUGGACAUUCACCUGUUUGCCAUUUCACACUUCCAUGGACGAAAAACUCACUCACCUCCCAGCAUGCUUUGCCACUCUUUUACUUACAGCAAAUCCAUAACAAUGAAACAGGUGACUUUCAUGCUGCUGUCAGGAACGAUCUAAUUUCAGCUCUGGGUGACUGAUUGCAAUUGGCUUUGCCUCAUCUGAUAAUUAAUCUAUGUCACCAUUAAUUGGAAGAGAGAAUAAUUACUGGCAGUGUUGACAGUGACUGUUCGCUUCCCCAGAUUUCCCCAUCGUGUUGGCCCAAAUAAGGGCUUUGCGAUUCAGUACUUAAAGUUUGUUUAAACUGUAACAAUACCUAUGCCCAUGUGACACUUUCAGACACUCUGUCUAAUGUACUUUUGUUUUUGUGUUUACCAAUCUUUUUUAGCUCACCGAGAGCUGUCUCUCUCAAUCACUCCUCAAUGUUCUAUCUUAAUUUUGUGGAAGUUUAAAGUUUUCAAUGAGCUGGAGAUGAAUGAUUAAUGAAUAAAUUUAAAUGCUUCAUUUUG